GCUUAACCAGAAAAUGAUGACAUCUGCUUGAUAAAGGACCUUUAUGGUGAAAUAGAACGACUUAAGGCGGAGGUCUAUGCUUCCCGUGAGAAAAAUUGUGUUUAUAUGCCAAAAGAGAGAUACUAUCAAAAAAAGGCAAUGGCUGAGCAGAUUGAACAGAUGGGUGGUCAAAACAGAGAAUUAUCAAAAGCUACUUGAGGAGAUGCAAGGCAAGUACACGGGCCAAGCUCGGGACUGCUCUGAUCUGACUAACAGGCUUGAUGUCACCGAGCUGAGCCAAACGAGCAAGAUGCUUGCUUCCACCAACGAGGAACUGAAGAAAUCUCAAUAUGCCAUGAAGGAGAAAGAUUUCAUUACUUCAGAGCAGAAAAAAGCUGGGAGAGAGGACAAGCUCAGUGCGGAUAACAGAAAAGUGGUGGACAAUUAUCAAGUAGAACUUUUUUCUGAACAUUUCUCCAAUAUGUUCAGUAAGGUUGCUUCAUGUCUGUCCCAGCAAAAUGCACACCUUCAGGGUGUUAACAAACUGUCCCAAUCUCGUUUAGAAGCGCACAACAAGGCCAUUCUGGUUCGAGCUUCAAGGGAUAUAUUUACUUCUCACUUGGAGGCAGUGCAGAAUGUAGUCCGCUUGCACAAGCCAAACUCGAGUGCUUGCCUCGAGGAAGUUUCAGCAUUGGCGACCUCGAGUUUUCUUGCUUCCGGGGAUGGGACAACACCGUCGUUAUGUGAUGAACUUCAGAAUGCUCUUGCUUCAGGAGAAAUGGCUCUCUUUGCCGGGGAAUUGAGACUGGGUGGAUUCAAGACUCCACAGCUUUAAAGAUGCCGUCUUCUUCCAACGAAAAACGUUCUCGGAUGACACGUCUCUGUCGUACAUAAUCUGACUGAUGACGCAAAGAGAAAGUGGGAGACAGUUUCCAUGCAAGCUGAGAAUGACGCCAGAGAAGGUGCUGAUUUCUCGGCUGCAAAACACUGUCGAAUGGAGUUGCUGCUUCAGCAAUCUGUGGGUCAUGCGGAGUUAGCUUUCAAACACUGCAACUUAACGCAUGAAUCUCUCAACAGCAAGCAAGUCGCAGAUGUGUCUUCCCUUUACUCGUUAACUCUGCUUGUGAUAACGACCAGCACGAUACAUGGUAAGUUGUUCCUCACAGCAUAGUAAAGUAACAUUACUUACUCUCUUCACUCUUUAAAGAAACUUUAUCCCAAGCUCUCUCUCAUUUACGGGCCUGCGAAAAGUUUUGUAACCUCUGCUUUACCCUUUUUGGGUUUCAAAUAUUAUAAAGACGACAAAAAAAAAAAAAAUAUAUAUAUAUACUGUUACAAAAUUACCCAUCCACCAGAUGCCUCUUCUUUCUUUUGACUUGUACAACAUUUUUUAGUUUUAUCAAUACAAAAUUAAGGCCAUAC